AUGUUCUCAGCCCUUGCUGGCGGCGUAGCCCUCCUUGGGCUCGCUGCAUCUUCCGUCGUGAGCGGCGCUCAGCAGCCAUUCGCACUCAGCGGCGGCAAGUUCGAGUCAUACGACGCGGGACUCUUCAGCCCCGUUGAGGACCUCGGCCUGCUAUCCACCUCAGAGUUCACGGCCCUCGCGCACCCGACGUUCCCCAAUUACAACGUGCGUAUCAAGAAGUCGGAUUUCUGUGACGGGACUCCCCAGAUAUCCAGGGCCUUCACCGGGUACAUCGACAUCGAAGCCAGACAUCUAUUUUUCUAUUUCUUCGAAAGCCGGAGCAACCCUGACAAGGACGAUGUCAUCUUCUGGACGAACGGCGGACCUGGAUGCUCCUCUUCGCUCGGACUGUUCAUGGAACUAGGACCCUGCAGAGUCAAUGAUGUUCACAACGUCACUUUCAAUCCUUAUUCUUGGAACGAGAACGCGAAUAUCUUCUUCAUCGACCAACCUAUCGGUGUCGGCUUUUCAUAUGCAGACCACGGAGAAUA